AGUAAAUAACAUGGCGGCUACGAGGAUUCUAGCGUGCUCCAGAGUUAAGCCAUGUAAUCUCACAGCAAUCUUCAGAGUGCAUGAAUCAAUGGUUAACUCUGUUCUGGUCAUACAAACACGAUCAAAGGUCAGCAAAAAAUCACCAUUUCUUGCUGGAAAGGGCCAUAAGGAAAAGAUUCGAGAUGAAAAUAGCAGUAGAAAGACAUAUAUAGGAAAAAUGACUGGAAUAAAAGAAAGAUGGAAUGCCUUUAAGAAUGGUUUUUGGACCAUCUACAGCCUUGUCCUCAUAAGAAGACAUAUAAAACCCUUCAAGUUAACAGACUUUGGCCCAAAAGCUCAAGAAAUCUACAUAGCAGCAAAUGAAGCACUUGCUAGAAAAAGCAAAAAAGAUCUUCAAGAGGUGGUGACCAACUCAGUAUACCGGGUCAUGGCUGUAAAAGACAAGUAUGGAAGGCACAUAACUGGGAGUGAUAAGCAGGUUAAACAGGUCAUAGACUAUGUUGUAUUUGAACGUCCCUUGACUAGCACCAAUUAUGGAACCUGGAGAGUGUGUGGAAAGUUGCAUGCCUUGCCAGCUAAGGAAGAUACAGGAAAACAACUUGCCAAGAAUGUUCCUGCAGUUUAGAGAGGACCUUGAUUUUAAUAAUGUGUCUUUUACAAAAGGACAGAGUUGAUGUAAUCUGAAAUACAGUGUACAGUUGCAUAGGAGUUGUUCCAUCCAGCAAUUAUCUGUUUGAUGCAAAAGACUGUUUCAGAUAGAAUUGUAAUCCAUUCGAGUGGAAUUCAAUUAAGGUAUGCAUGAUCUCAAAGUUUGUGUUGGAUCAAAUAAAUAUCUAAUUUAGAAACUGG